GCGCGCCCCGGGAGGCGCCCACAGAACGGUUUCCAAGCGGCGGGGUGAGAUGGCGGCGCCCGGAGCCCCGGUGACCGUCACCGUCACAUACAGUAAUGAAAAACACAGUAUUCAGGUUGCUUCUCAACAAGAAGAUGGUGAACCUACACUACAAGACAUGGCUGUACUUAUUGAACAAGUCACUGGAGUUCCAGUUCCUUUUCAGAAACUGAUAUACAAAGGGAAGUCUCUGAAAGAACUGGAACAACCGUUGUCAGCACUUGGUGUUAAAAAUGGUUGCAAAGUCAUGUUGAUUGGGAAAAGGAAUAGUCCAGAAGAAGAGGCUGAAUUAAAGAAGUUAAAAGAUUUGGAGAAAUCAGUGGAGCAAAUAGCUAAUAAGUUAGAGGAAGUUAAUAAAGAGUUCACAAGUAUCCAGAAGGGAUUUUUAGCCAAGGAUCUCCAAGCAGAAGCACUAAAACAGCUGGACAAGAGGAUAAAAGGAACUGCAGAGCAGUUCAUGAAGAUCCUGGAACAGAUUGAUGCCAUGAGUCUGCCAGAAAAUUUCAGUGAUUGUAAAUUGAAAAAGAAGGGGUUGGUGAAAAGAGUUCAGGUUUUUCUUGCCCAGUGUGAUACCAUUGAGGGAAACAUUGGUCAAGAAAUGGACAAGCUACAGUCAAAGAAUUUGGCACUGGCAGAAUGAGGCAUUGCCCUACAGAAUUAGGAAACAUAAUUGCUCUAUGAGCAAGAAGAAGAGUUUGCUCUUUGUUUUGGAGCAUGUAUUCAGCUUUUUUUUUGUUUUUUUAAAGCCCAGUCUGUUAGACUGGUACUAGUCAAAAAUUUCUUGCUGGUUGUCUUAUUUGCCGCUUGGUUAGACCUGUUAUUUUGAAAAGAAAAUCCUUCCUGAAGAAUUGCAGAACUAAUCUUUGUGAUGAAUUGUUAUGUAUCUUAUGGAUGAAUGUUUAGUUGACCAAGUUGCAAAGUUUUCAGUGAUGGGCAGUGUUGUCUGGUAUGUCUUUGAAUUUAUUUACGGCUCAAAUCAAAGAAGGUCUAUAAUCGUACAAGUGCCAUAAGUUGCAAUUGUAGGACUUCAGCUUGAUUAAAAAAGACAAACUGAGAUGACAUCUGGGAAAGUCAAACAUUCUAGUAGACAAUUCAGAGCAAUAAAACCCCCGUAUGCAUUUGUAUCUACUUAAUGUUUGUAUGCAUUUAUAAAUAUAAGAAAGCUUGACUUUAAGGGAGUCGUACCUAUUUUAGCCUUAAAUUGUCAUAAUAAAUGGAAUGUACUGUAACAUGUAUGGUACUUAAUUUUGAGUGGUGCUUUAAGUUGUUACUGAGCUCCUUGAUACGGUUGGUUUUUUUACAUAGAUUUCUCAUGUACUGUGGUUUUUAUAUCUUAUUUUUUAUUGUUUGUGUUCUUUCUUGAGUUAUGGUGGGGAAUGAAAUGAGAUUACUCAUGCUGCUCAUAUACCAAGGGUUCAGUUCAAGCAAGGUGCAACUAAGGAGCUAUUUUGAAAGGUUUUUUUAUAUUUUUUUUCUCUGAUUUCACUGAAUUAAUGAUGCUAUAUUUAAUGGAAAACUGCAGUGAUUAUUUCUAGGUGGUUAUUCAGUGAAUUUUUGUAACUUGUUAAGAAGUGACGCAUCUUUAUUUUAGCAAUGCCAUGCAACUGAGGGUUAUGACUGAUUUCCCCAGGCGGAUACCUGCCAGGCCUAGUUUUCUUUGAUAAGUGAAAAAUAAACUUUUGCAGAAGAUGGGAACUCUCACCAGGGGCAACCAACUUUGCAGUUGUUGAUCAGAGCUGCCAGUAGCUAAUGUGCAUUGGCUGGUGAAAGUAGUGACUGAUAAGGAGCCUGUUUUAAUUUUUUUUUUUUUUUUUUUUUUUGGGGGGGUAAACCUCUGUUGUCUCAAAUGAGUCAGACUGAGAAUGUUUAAAAAUGGCUCUUAAGUAGCAAGCCUUUAUCAACAUGUGACUGUUUUAAGAUUAGCUGCCCUUUCAAGAUGAAAAUAGGAAAUGUGUGUAAAAAAAAUCUAACUUUAAUAAAUUAUAAACCUUAUAUAAUACCUGAAGUAGUAUUAUUAUUAAAGUAUUAUCUUUUAUAUUUUUAAUUGGAGGAGCAUUUCUUUAGUGGAAAAUGCUAUUGGGCAAAUGAAGCAACAGCCCUGCAUUAGAAAGGGUCACUUUUAUUCUAAAAACACCUUUUGACCAUACCAGGAUUGGAGUUGUCAUAUUUUUUACUGUUAACCAGCUUCUUCAAGGUUGGUUUCUUGGAUUUUUUUCCAUGUGUAACUCUCUGUUCAGCAUCUGUGGAGGAUUUUAAAGGCUAGACUCUUAGGAAGCUUGUGUAUCAUAAAUUAGGAAAUUUUAUGUUUGGUAGGAUUUGGGGUAUUUUUCCCUAGGCUACCAGUCUGGGCACCCUGCAUUUUCUCAGCACUGUAAAGUUAAGAGGAAGAAGAGCUGAUUGUAGCCUUUUUUGUGAUGUUCUGCCUAGUUUGUUGCUGCUUCUGGACUUAAUCUGGAUUAAUCUGACUCUUAAACCACCAGCAAUACUGUUGCCUAAUUCAGGAGAUGCAAAUUUACCAAUUUUUCUGUGACAGAAAGGAUCCUCACCCUCUCAAAUACACCUCCUCUAAUGCACUGAACUUUCAUGGGUGCAUAUGAGCCAAGUAUCCUCUUGUGCUCAUGAAGAGAAUUGGGAGCUGUGGCCAUGACUAGAACUGCAACCAUUUCUGCUGCUGCUUUAGUAAUGUUCUCUCAGAUGAGAACACAAGGCUGUAAGCAGACAUUGUCUUUUUUAUCAUUCUGUCAGUGGAAAAACCUAUUGACUUCAGGCACUUCCUAGCACUCCUUCCCAGAAACCACUGCUUCCUGAGAUGUGCUUGUGUGAGUACACCCUCAGCGUGUCUCAAAGGCAGAUGGAUUAAUGUUUAAGAUGUUCCACAGCAGAUCUUUUGAUAAUCUGGCACUGGAAGGCAGAGAAUGAUGAUGAGCUGCUCCCACCAGCACAUCUGGAUUCAGCAAUAGGUGGAUGUCCUGAGCUGAAGUUACUUCAUGGUCCUAGCUCCUGGUGUCAAGAGUACUUGGUUUCUAGGACAAAAGUGUAAGUUUAUGAAGACAAACUUUUGCAGCAUAUCUUUUUUUUACUUCCAAAUAUAAAAAUUAGUUGAAUCAUGAGGAAUGGAUGGUUGUAUUUAGUUAUGAAGGACCUUCUAGAGUGGAUUGACUUUUAUACCUAGUUUUGAAAGAUGAGCUCUGUGCUUCCAUUUUUUUCCAUAGUAGCUUUACAUUGCAGUAAAAGCAAACUUCUGUGCUUCUGAAAAGUGCAGCAGAUUACAGUUGUGAAAGAAAGCGGAGAUGUUAAAUAUUCUUCAAUAUUAAUUGUAAAGGCAACCAAGCUUAAGCUAUAUUCUCACUGAUUCUGUAUCCUACGUGUAUCGUGAUACCUGUUUCACUACUGAGUCAGUUUCCUGCCCCAGCCACCUUCUCUGACCACUUCAAAAGAAAAGUGACUCCCUUUUGCCUGAGUUGCACUUAUCCAUUGUCUUCCUCCAGUUGCUGCACUGCUCUGGCUGUGUUUACACACCUUGAAUUUGCCAUCUGGGCAAAAUAUCAUAGCACAAAGCUUGUCUUCUAUAAGAAUGAAUAUUGAAUCACACACUUCCCUGCCUCUCUUUCUCCCGAAGCUCUCUGCAAGCUGUUGAGUGAGAGGAACCAAUGUUCAGGGAGCUGGGGAGUCUGGACCCAUGGAAUGGCUUGUUCUCUGGGAAUAGUGUGAAGUAAGCUGCAUGUAGCAGUGUUCCCUGUGAACAAGUCAGUCCUCCUGAAGGAAAUGUCUCUGUAAAUUCAGAUUAAUGUGUACUUGGCUUUCCAAAGUCACUAAAGGUUUGCAGUUGGGAGUACUUGGCGAUGUGGAAGUCGGGGCUAGAUUGUUUUUUUUUUUUUAAAGUUAUUUUACUGUACUAUCAUAAAUGAAAAGGUGGAAAUAAAAUAUGGAAAACUC